AUCAUGUAUUUUUUCUUCUAUUCCAUUCCAGCAUGUGACAUGAACGUACACAAACGAUGUCAGAAGUCAGUGCCAAAUUUAUGUGGGGCGGAUCACACAGAGAGACGAGGUCGUAUCAGGCUCAAAGCAGAGGUCACCGAAAACAAACUAAAAGUCACAGUUGAGGAAGCCAAGAACCUAAUUCCAAUGGACCCCAACGGUCUGUCAGAUCCCUUUGUGAAGCUCAAACUCAUUCCCGAUCAGAAGAAUCAGACUAAGAAGAAGACCAAGACCAUCAAGGGAAAUCUAAACCCAACCUGGGGAGAAUCUUUUGAGUUUACCAUGGAAGAGUCGGACAGGAACCGCAGGCUUCUCGUUGAGGUCUGGGACUGGGACCGCGCCACCCGCAACGACUUCAUGGGUGCCCUCUCCUUUGGUAUCUCGGAGCUGAUGAAGUCCGGCGUCGACGGCUGGUACAAGCUCCUCGGCCAGGAGGAAGGUGAAUACUACAAUGUGCCGGCGAUCGCUGAGACGGAAUCCAUCGAGGAACUCACCUCUACUAUAAAGGUAGGUCCAUGCUUUGGUUAUACUUGAUACUUGAUGAGGUAA